UAUCAAAGGUUAAGAGAUUAUUAAAUGAAGAAAGCUUUAAAAAGAAUGCAGAAAGAUUACAAUUCCUGGCUAGAGUUAAUAGUAAAAGAAAGUAUAGAGCUGCUGAUUUAAUUGAAAUAGUGAUGAAUACGGCAAAGUAUGAAGAAAUUAAAGAUGAAAAUAGUAGAUUUAAAAUUAAUAAUGAAAAUUUAGUGAGAGAUUGGAUUACUCCUGAUUCGCGAAUGGGCUUUAUUAGAAAAAAAUAUUUAGAUGUUUAUGUUGUCGCUAUUAUUCUAUUUUUAGCAUUAAGCGGAAUUUUUGGUUAUGCUUCGUGGAAAAUUGCUAGAUACUCUUAUAUUAGAUUUAGUAGAAGUAGUAAGUCUCAUUUAAAGCAUAAAGGAGA